AUGGACCAAACAAUCCAGCGGUUGCUGAACGAUAAGCUCUAUGACAAGAGGAAGCAGGGGGCUUUAGAGCUAGAGAAAAUCGUCCGCGACGCCGUUUUCCAAGCGGACCAGGAGAAAAUUCAAAAGAUCGUUGAACAGCUUUGUCACGACUAUGCCUAUGCUGUUCACCAGCCCCACGCUCGGAAUGGAGGGUUGAUCGGUUUGGCGGCUGCCUCGAUCGCUCUGGGAUCUGAAGGGGUUGCGCCGUACUUGGGUGAGAUUGUUCCGCCUGUACUGGCGUGCUUUUCGGACCAGGAUGCACGAGUGCGUUACUAUGCUUGCGAGAGCAUGUAUAAUAUUGCCAAGGUUGCCAAAGGAGAAAUUCUUCUUUUCUUCAAUGAGAUCUUCGAUGCUUUAGCUAAGCUUGCGUCGGAUUCGGAGUUGUCAGUCAAAAAUGGUGCGGAGCUGCUGGAUCGACUGGUGAAGGAUAUCGUGGCCGAAUCGGCCGCUUCCUAUGUGUCUAUUCUACAGCUGUCCGAGAAGGAUCGAAUGGAUCCGGACGCUUUGGAUGACCCUGAUCUCCCUACCGCUUUCUCUCUUGCGAGAUUUAUCCCCUUGCUCCAGGAUCGUAUCCAUGUGAUCCAGCCGUUCACUCGCAACUUCUUGGUCUCGUGGCUUACUCUUCUAGAUACUAUUCCUGAUCUAGAGCUUGUCAGCUAUUUACCGGAUUUCCUGGAGGGAUUGAUAAAGUUCCUUGGCGGUCCCAACAAAGACGUUAAUGUUGCGACCCAAAACCUUCUCGAUCGAUUCUUGGCGGAAAUUAAAAGGAUCACACGACUGAAGAAAGGUAUAGAGGAAAGCCGGAAGGGACAGAAAAGCAACAGGAACUCGGCCGCAAGUGACGGCAUGAGUGUCUCAACCGAGCAGAAUGUCAACGCCGACGGUGCAAGUGAUUCGAAGGGCGACAUCGCUGUUGAGGACUCAGACUCGGAAUCAAUCUUCGAUGGAGAGCUCAUUCAAACUGACGGGGACUGGAUCCCCGGACAGGAUGUACAAAUCGAUCACCCCAAGAUUCUUGGUAUUCUUGUCGGCUUUGUCAACACCACCUAUGAGGAAGAAAUGCAACUGACGGCCCUUCGAUGGAUUGAUGCUUUCUUUGAGAUUAGCCCGGAGGAUAUCUUGCCUUUUGUUCCGCGUCUUUUGACCCAGGUGCUCCCAGCCAUGUCGAGUGGCUCGGACGGAGUACGACAAGCAGCAAACCAAGUCAACAAAUCGCUUCUCGAGUACAUAUACUCUCUAUCGGAUGAUACAACGGAGGAGACUCAACCCUCUUCGAAGAUUCCAUUUAACACUGCCAGCAAAGAGACUAUAGAGCGUAGGUCAUCUACUCCCGGAAUCAGGCCUUCAACGGAGACGGUGAGCAUCGACAUCAGGAAGCAGUCAGCGCAGGACGCUUCCAUUGCAGCCACACCACGAAGCAGCGUUGUCUCUACGCCUCUGCCUACUGCUGACCUUGAUUAUGCCGCCGCUGUCAACUCCCUCACUUUGCAAUUUCUCAACGAGCAUGAAGCCACACGUGUCGCAGCUCUGUCCUGGCUUAUCAUGCUACAUCGCAAAGCACCACGAAAGGUCGUCGCGUUCAAUGAUGGAACUUUUCCGGCACUGCUAAAAACGCUAUCAGACCCUGCAGAGGCUGUUGUGACUAAGGACUUACAGCUCCUUUCACAAAUAUCUAGAAACAGCGAGGACAGCUACUUCACUUCUUUCAUGGUCAAUCUACUACAGCUGUUCUCCACUGACAGGCAUUUGCUUGAAGUGCGCGGAAACUUAAUUAUCAGACAGCUGUGUUUGAAUUUGAGCCCGGAGCGUAUCUACCGUACUCUGGCAGACUGUCUCGAGAAGGAAGAAGAUCUCGAAUUUGCCAGCAUCAUGGUGCAGAAUUUGAACAACAAUUUAAUUACUGCGCCAGAGCUCUCGGAGUUAAGAAAACGCCUGAGAAAUCUUGAUUCAAGAGUGAUAUUCCCCGAUACCUAUGCUUUAUACAGAGGCUCACACAAUUUUCAGGAUGGGCAAAUGUUCUUUGUUGCUCUUUUCAGGUCAUGGUGCCACAAUGCUGUGUCCACCUUUUCUCUCUGCCUUCUUGCUCAAGCCUAUGAGCAAGCAUACAACUUACUUCAGAUCUUUGCCGAACUCGAGAUGACAGUCAACAUGCUGAUUCAGAUCGAUAAGCUGGUCCAACUCCUUGAAUCCCCGGUGUUCACCUACCUCCGCCUACAACUCCUGGAACCCGAAAAAUAUCCCUACCUCUACAAAUGUCUGUACGGUGUCCUCAUGCUCCUCCCCCAGAGCUCCGCCUUCGCAGCCCUCAAAAAUCGCCUGAACAGUGUCAGCAACAUCGGCUUCCUCCACAGUGGCCCCCGCAGCACCGCUCAAACUGCCCCAUCCUCCUCAUUCGACCGGUCCUCUGGUCCGCGCCUCAAAACCCGCGACGAAAACACAAUCCGCUGGGUUGACCUCCUCGAUAAAUUCAAGUCCGUUCAGGAACGCGCUCGCCGCUCCCAGGCUUCACAGCGCCAUUCUCUCGACCCCUCCGAUACCCUGCUUAAUCCUACCCUCACUGCAGCCCUCUCUGCCGCCGCCGCUGACAGAUCAAAGGAUCGUCCCGGUCUUCCUGAUGCUCCGCGUGGUUCUCCGGCCAUGAAUACCACUGGUAACGCCGGAGCUAGUGGCCCUGGCAUUGGCAAUGCUGCCGGUCGUGGGCUGGAUAGUGGAGUGACGAAGUCGGUUAUCCCGGGUCCAUCCCACAAGCACAAAUCGAGUCUUCCUAACCUGGGACGAUUGGGCAUUGGAGGACGGAAGAAGAAAUAG